UGUCUUUUGAUCAAAAUAUGACGACAGUUCUCAAUUUGUAAAUAAUUUUUGUCUUAUAUUAUAAUUUUAGACUAAUAUUGACUCCAAAGUUGUAAAAAAAAAACUCGGUGUAAAAGUGCCGAAUAUUUUUGAUCCCGGAGAAUCAUUUAAAAUAUCUUUUCACAAUGUCUGUAGCAGAGUUUUUGAAGGGUUUGCCCUCACACGAUGAAAAUAAUUUCGCAAAUUUCCACACUGACAGUAAUAAUCGGACAUGUAUCAAAAGACCUUCCGUUUACCUGCCAACAAAGGAAUAUCCUUCGGAACAAGUUAUUGUUACCGAAAAAACUACCAUUCUUCUGAGGUAUUUGCACCAACAGUGGGAUAAAAAGAACUCGGGGAGAAAAAGGGAACUGCUCUCAGCGAAUGCAGACCUACAAGAAGACGGAACGAACAACCGCUGCAAAAGACCUCGAGUUGAUCUCAAUUCCCAUUAAUUUUUGCCCCGAAAAAAAAUAACUGAAAUUCAGUCAACCGAAGAGAUCAAUGACUCCUGACAAAAUUCCGAACACACAAAUUAUUGAUAUAAUCUAAUUCUUAUUUCUUACUGUUAUAUAAAUUGCAGUAUCUUUAUCCUCCGCGCUAUUCUUCUUCUUUUCAUUCUUAUUAUUAAAUCGCACUUUACAAUAAAUUUUAACAUUUUGUCGUACUUUUAAUUUAUUGUAAGGUGACACCAAGAACAGAAAUAAGCGAUUUACAUCUGACUUUGAGUUUAUGAGAAGUUCAUAAGAUCAUUUUUGUUAAAGAUCUACGUUUUCAGCCUCCUUAUUUGCUUGUAAAUUAUAUUCGUUAUGAGCAGUGUUACAAUUAAGCAAAAUAUGCUUAAAUGCAUUUACGUCAUGUAUAUUUUUAUUACUCGUUUCGUAAUUUAAGUAUUAAGGACAAAAUUCCAUUUUCUGAAAUCAUUUGCCACUCGACUCUUGCAAAGUUCAGGUUCGUUUCUUAAAAUGGUUAAGUUUAAGAAUUAUGUGUAUUAGUACAUUAUAUUGCAUUAAAUUUUACCAUUAAAGCUUAUCAUUCAUGUCUUAGAUUUAUUUUCUGAUCGUACUUGAUUAUGAAUAUUAUUGUAAAUUCAGAAACAUUCGUGUUUACAAAAAUGAAUCCA